GGGCCAUGUUGUUGGGCUGCGGUGGCUAAAUACCUAAAGGGUGGCGGCCAAAAAACUAAAAGAAGAAGAACUUGGGGGUUUAAAAAAAUAAAUAAAAAAUGGAAGAUUGUGGUAGAAGUCUAUGAAAAAAUAAUAAUGCACCGCUUGUCUCAAAAUAAUACGAAUAUUCCGCAAGAUACAGCUCCUGAUCCACUUGUUAUUGUUAAAGUGGAACAACCGGAUAUUGAAGGAGAAAACAUAUCGUCGGAACCCCUAACUCAGGUGAAGGAUAUUCGUAAAGUUCAAGUCUCAGAUUAUUCUAUAAAUGAUAUUCAUAUAAUUACGAUUAAACAAGAAGUAGACAGUGAUGUAAACUCAAUUAAAACUGAACUCUUAUCCGAUCAGUUUGACUUGUCUGUUAAAAGUGAAGUUAAUACACUUAAUACCGACCAAGACUAUUUGAAUCAACCUUCUAGUAGUAAGCAAGAACUAGAAUUAGAUGAAUCUCCUAAAGAUAUUGCGAGAAAGUAUAUUAGUAAGAAGCAUACUUGUCCUGUCUGCAAAAAAAAUUUUCAAACAAAAAAAUCCAGAAAAACACACUUCAAUCGUCAUUUUGGAAAAAAGAGCGUUAAUUGUUCCUUUUGUGGCACAGCCUGUAUUACUAGAAAAGAAUUUUUAAAUCACUACAUUGCACACCAACCAAAAUGGAAUAAGAAAAAUAAUACAAAAAAAAGAAGCAAUGCAAAUGACACGAUUUUGAUAAAAGAGGUUUUGAAAGUUAAUGUACAAAAAUCUCCCACAUGUGACAUUUGUAAAAAAACAUUUUCCCGGAAUCAAUCCCUCAACCAUCAUCGUCGAAUUCAUACUGGUGAAAAACCAUUUAAAUGUGACAUUUGCUUUAAGAAUUUUUCACAAAACUACAGUUUAAAAAGACACAUACAAAGACACGCAAAAAACUUCGAAUCCAUUGAACAUGACUUAGAAGAUAAAUCGUUAAAUUGUAAAAUAUGUUUUAAAGUUUUUUCACAUACUUAUAAAUUAAAACGACACAUGCUGUGUCAUGUCAAAAAACCAGAUCAAGAUGUAAAACCGUUCAUGUGUGAAAUAUGUUCAAAUCAAUAUAUGUCCAAACAUUCUUUAGACAACCAUUUAAAGACACACACAGGAGAUAGGCCAUUUGCUUGUGAUUUUUGUGAUAGAAGGUUUUUUAGAAAAAAACUCUUGAAGGACCAUCUAUUAAUUCAUUCUGGAAAGAGACCAUUUGAAUGUGAACUUUGCUCUAAAUCGUUUACGCAAAGAUCUAAGUUGAACACGCACAUGAAGAUGCACGAAGAAGAUAAACCUUUUAAGUGCGAUAUUUGUUUCAAAGGUUUUGUAGCAAACUGUAGGUUGACUAAACAUAUGUUAAUACACAGAGACACUAAACGCUUUAAAUGUGUUUACUGUCCAAAACAGUUUAUUGAGAAAAGAAAUUUAGAUGCACAUAUUUUACUUCACGAUGGCAAAAAACCUUUUAAAUGUGAUAUUUGUUCUAAGGCCUUUACGUGGAAACAUAAUUUAAAUCAUCAUAUGAAAAUACAUAAUGAAGAAUCUUUUAAGUGUGAUAUUUGUCUCGAACAUUUUCCUAGAUAUCAUAUUUUGAAAAAUCACAUUCGUACUCAUUCUGAUUUGUGAUGUCUGUUUAUAUAUUUAACAAUUACCGAAUGCUGGUAUUUAUAAUAAUCUUAGAAUUAUUUAAUGGAAACACAUUGGAUUAAUCCUGACUAAAGAAUACAAACCUAAAUGUCGCUUUUACAGGUUAUAAAAAGCUUAAACAAAAUGUCUGAGGCCGAAAGCAAAUAUGUCUCAAGUUGUUGGAAAAUGGGAUUAUGAAUUUAUUGUGAAAUAUUUCUUCAGCUAUUUCCCCAGUAUUAUACAGCAUAAUCUUCAGUUCUGUAUAGCAAAAAAAAUACCAAAUUUUAAAUGACACCAAAUACUGUACAUUCAAUGAAUUUGAAAAUUUUAAUCUCUGCUCUCUUUUAAAAAAGUAAAUAUUAAUGAUAGGAGCUAUUUUUAAGAUAGAAAAACAUACAGUUAAAAAUAUCGAAAUUAACAAAAUGUUCAUGGUGCUGGUGAACCAUAGUCAUCUGAUGUUGGAUACGGCCCUGAUUUGUCUCAAAUAUCUAUUGAAUGAAGCAAUCUCCUACACCAAGUAAAUACGAGGAAGAACAUUUAAUCACAUAAUAACAUAAAUGGCGUUAUUCCUAAUAAUUGUGAUGUCCACAUAAUUGGUAGUGAAUAUUUUUAUAAGUUAGAUUAGUUGUAUUUUUCUCUUUAACCAAGAAUAAAUACAGUCAUCUUGAAGAAAACAAGCUGUGUAGAACAAUGUAUGUAAUUUGAGUAUAAGAAAAAUGUAAUAUAUUAAUUUGUCAUAA